AUAUUUCAGAGAAAUUAAAUUAUAUAUUUUAAGAGGUUAGUGAUAAAUUGCGUAGGAAGUAAAGUUUUGUGGUAAUUUUUUUCCCCAUCAGAUUAUAUUUCCCACUUUUUUAUUGUAGGUUGAGAUGGGUGGAUGCAAAGGACCUAUAACAACUUUUAUUGUUGAACCUUUCAUCCCACACAAUGAAGAGUUUUACCUCAACAUUGUCUCCGAGAGACUUGGGUACAGCAUAAGCUUUUCAGAGUGUGGAGGAAUUGAAAUUGAAGAGAACUGGGACAAGGUUAAGACUAUAUUUGUUCCAACAGGAGUGUCUCUUACAUCAGAGAAUAUUGCCCCUCUUGUUGCAACCCUACCCUUGGAGAUUAAGGGAGAAAUUGAGGAAUUUCUCAAGGUGAUAUUCAAUCUAUUUCAGGAUCUGGACUUCACUUUCUUAGAGAUGAAUCCUUUCACUUUGGUCAAUGGAAAUCCUUAUCCUCUGGAUAUGAGAGGAGAGCUAGAUGACACUGCUGCUUUCAAGAACUUCAAGAAAUGGGGGAACGUUGAAUUUCCAAUGCCAUUUGGAAGGAUUAUGAGUACUACUGAGUCUUUUAUUCAUGGAUUAGAUGAAAAGGUGAAGGCAUAUACUUCAAAUCUUAUUAUCUACAAUCUUAUCCAUCGCAUCUGAUCUGUAUAUGGAUCUCCAGGAU